UGUGUAUGUAUGUGGUUUGGCCUUUCAAAAUUUAGCAGAAACAAAUGCCUUAGUGACCCAGACUCGGAAUUUUCAGCCUGUGUUUCUUCACACUUACUGCUGACUGUGGGAGGCCCAACCAGAGCCCACCAUACUUAGUUGUUGUUGUUGUUUUAGUCUCUUUUCUUGCUGCAGCCCAUGGGAUUCAGUUGUGGAACUCCAUUCCCAAAGCUUUAGCUUGCCAGUGGCAUUUUUACAAAGGACCAAAGCAGUUUCCACUCUCUGUUUGGAUGUCUGUGCUAUGUGUCUGCCACCAAGGACCAGAGCUGCGCUGAGGCAGGAAGAAAGGAUAGAAAGCUUGUCCAGUGGCAGUACUUUCCUGGCAGAAAUGACUUCAUGCGUAUUUAUUGAGCACCUACAUUAGGCAGAAGACAAAGCUGUGUCUAUAGGCAGGGUAUUAUUGGAAGCAUUUCUCUGGUCUCCAGGGAAGAGCAGGAGUCCCCUAGGGGGAGGUUGCAGGUUCUUCUUUGGCUGGGAUGGCUAUGCAGGGGUCAUGCCUGCUGUGUGCAGUGGCUUCUCCUGAGCCCAGCCAUCUCUCAUGGAGCUUCUUAUGAGGACCCGAAGAGUGACCCCUCCCAAGCAGCACAGGGAUGGAGUAGGUUGAAGGACACAGAAUAUACUGGUCCUCUGCUUCUGGGGCCAGAAUGGAAACCCAGCCUGUUGGUGCCUUGUUGCCAGUGGUCUAUGCAGCUGUGUUCUGGCCUGCAGGGUAGAGGAGACCUUAGAAUAAACUGAGACAAAGGGCAGGUGCUGGGCCCCAUUUCUAUACUUUUGUGAGCCCUGACCUGGAACCCUUUGUUUCUAUUCUGCAGUUAACUGUCAGGAUGCAAGAUGGCCCUACUCCCUUGGGAUUCAGAGCUGGAAAGUGAGAGAGCAGAGAAUCCUUUGAGGAGAAUCCUCCUAGUGGAGGUAGGAAAGGGAGACCACUGUUAGCGGGAACACUCCAGAAGGGACCUUGAGGGGUCAUGCAGCACCUGAGCCUCUCCAGGAAGGAAGGCCCCUGUGGCUACGCUGACUUCACGCUCACUGUGUGCAGGCGCUGUUCCAGGCUGGCCUACCUCUCCUCCUGCUAUGAUGCCUGGGCAGAUCCCAGACCCUUCUGUGACAGCGGGCUCUCUGCCAGGGCUUGGCCCCCUGACCGGACUGCCCAGCUCUGCCCUGACCGCAGAGGAGCUGAAAUACGCCGAUAUCCGCAACCUCGGGGCCAUGAUCGCACCCUUGCACUUCCUGGAGGUGAAACUGGGCAAGAGGCCCCAGCCCGUGAAAAGUGAGCUAGACGAGGAAGAGGAGCGAAGGAAAAGGCGCCGGGAGAAGAACAAAGUGGCAGCAGCCCGAUGCCGGAACAAGAAGAAGGAGCGCACGGAGUUUCUGCAGCGGGAAUCCGAGCGGCUGGAGCUCAUGAACGCCGAGCUCAAGACCCAGAUCGAGGAGCUGAAGCAGGAGCGGCAGCAGCUCAUCCUGAUGCUGAACCGGCACCGCCCCACCUGCAUCGUCCGGACCGACAGCGUCAAGACCCCCGAGUCAGAAGGCAACCCGCUGCUGGAGCAGCUCGAGAAGAAGUGACCAUGGGCUGGGAGGAGGAAGAGGACGAGGAGGAGGAGGAAGAAAAGAGACGAAGAGGGGGGAGGAGGGGGGUCCCAGGGGGCCCUUCCUUGGUGCAUAACAAACUAUGCGAUGAGGUUCGGCUCUGCCAGCGUCAGCCGGGCUUUUUUGUGAAACUCGCGUGGGCCACACAAGGGGAAGAGCGGGCUGAAGCAUCCCAGAGGGACCAAGCGCUGAGACCAAAGUCGACCCGCGGGUAGGGCCGUCCUGCCUGGGGCCCAGCCGGAAGGGAGCAGGACAGAGGCACCUGGGCCAGAGAGAUGCCCAACCUCGGGCCCAUCUCCAGCCUCCCUGCCAGGACACCCACCAGAGGGACCUCCAAGCAGCCAGGGAAAGCCAUGAGUUGCAACCAAAAUGCGGCUGAGGAUGGAACUCAGAAGGAAACUGCCACCCGCCUGCCCCACCCCUGAUGGCACGCUGGAGAGGGGCGUGCUGGGGCCCUGACACCUGCCUGCCUGGGCCCAGCCAGGCCCUGCCGGGGACGCGGCAGCUGGGCGCACCCUCGCCGGCCCUGCUGGAGUUUGCUGUGGGCACUGAGGCGCGGGCGCCCUUCCAAAGCACAUACUCACUGAAUGUUUACAGACUGGCUGUCCUAGCAGGGCUUUCAACUGCACAUGUUUUUUAUACUUUUUUUUUAAUAUUUUUUACAAAAAAAAAAAGAUUUUAUACAAGCAAUAUAUAUAUGGAUUUCUAUAAUCACUCGAUGUGAUACAGUAUAAAUAUGCUAUGGUUUGUUUGUUAAGAACAGAUACCCACCAGUUAUGGCCGUUGUGUGUAACUCCUAAGUACUGUAGUCUCUGGGUGUCGGGGUGGCCGGGGCGGGGGUGGGGCGUUUCCAUCCUUGUAAACCCUUUAUAGUACUCAGUCCUGUAUCGCUCAGUAAACAUUGCUCUUACUUAC